CUCCAAUCAAUAUGCAACACAUUGUUGUGGGAAGUGGCAAGAUUGCUGUAAAGGUUCCAAGUUAUUGCCAUGAACUUGGAAUCAUCACACUAUUUUACUCUGUGAUAGAAACCAUCCACUAAAAUUCAUCAGAAUCCGCCAAUUAAAUUGGCACAACUAAAGGCUCUCAGCUGUUGUGAUGGCUCAUUGCUGUCUCAACCUUAUACUGUGCCGACGCAGGGUAAGUCCACCAGCGCGUUGAAAACAGCGGUCGCUGACGUCAGACGGGCGCGCAGGUGCUGGGCAGUGCCGAGGGAACAAGAUAACAGAACGUCCAUCCGCGGCGAAGCUUUCUUCCCUUUCCCGCGACACGCCAUUAAAACGACGGUGGACGACAAAGGAGCGGAAGUGGGCUUUGGGAAUCUGCUCUUGCGUCUCUUGGUUCGCUUCCUCUGCUUCCUCCGUUUCUCCUCGCUCCUUCUCCCUCUCUCGGAUUAAGGCGCAGCGAGAGAGAGGGAAUGGCGACCGCCGGGGUUUCCCAGAUCGGGAUUGGGCUUAAGGUUUUGCUAUCCGUGGUGGAAUCCCGGUUUCGCGGGGCUCUGAGGCAGCUCUUGGAGUGAUCUCGAGAAGCUCUACCUUUCCAUUUACAACCUCGAGAAGGAUGGGCAUAUAUGAACCAUACCACCAUAUUGGCAUGUGGUGGGAGGACUCCAUUAAAACUGAUAGCUGUCAGAAUAUAUGUACAUCACCAGCAGCGGAAACAGACAUGAGACUUGUUUAUAUGCUAGAGGAUAUUCCUCACAAGGAACUAACGCAACCAAAGGACCAUGACCAGGAAACAAACAAGUCUUCAGAUAAGGUGCUAAGACGGCUUGCACAGAAUCGAGAGGCAGCUCGGAAAAGUCGUUUAAGAAAAAAAGCUUAUGUUCAACAGUUGGAAUCAAGUCGUUUAAAAUUGUGCCAACUAGAGCAGGAGCUUGAGCAGGUUAGACAGAAGGGUAUUUACAUUGGUGGGCGUUUGGGAGAGAGAACUCUUGGGUUGUCAGGAAGUGUUAAUUCAGGCCUUUGUUGGUGGCAUCUUUCAGGGAUUGCUGCUUUUGAAAUGCAAUAUGGACACUGGGUUGAAAAACAGAAUCAGCAAACUUGUCAACUAAGAGCUGCACUACAAGCACAUGCAUCUGACUUUGAGCUUCACAUGCUUGUAAAGAGUGGAAUAAGACACUAUGACAAUCUUUUCCGAAUAAAAGCAAUCACAGCAAAGUCUGAUGUCUUCUAUCUCAUGUCUGGCAUGUGGCGAACACCCACAGAAAGGUUUUUUCUUUGGAUCGGUGGAUUUAGGCCCUCAAAGCUUUUAAAGGUGCUCUCCUCACAGCUAAACCCUUUGACAGAGCAACAAAUGAGGGCUGUCACGGGCCUGCAACAAUGUUCACAACAGGCUGAAGAUGCACUUUCCCAAGGAUUGGAUAAACUUCAGCAAACUCUGUCUGAAACUCUAGCAUGUGACCCCUUUGGCACAUUUGGUGCAAAAAACUACAUGGGACAAAUGGCAAUUGCCAUGACAAAGUUGGAAGCUCUUGUAAGCUUUGUCAACCAGGUGACAUACAAGUUCUGUCGACACAAUCAGUUUAUCCUGCGGAUCACCUUCGACAACAGGCCUUGCAGCAAAUGUACAGCAUCCUCACAACUCGCCAAUCAGCACGAGGGUUACUUGCCUUGGGUGACUACUUCCAAUGCCUUCGCACGCUUAGUUCCCUAUGGGCAACUCGUCCUCCCUCAUGAACCAGCUUAGAAAUCUUUGGAGGAGGCACUAUGACAACUUGAUGUUCAAAUACCGAAGACCAAGUCAGCUAGCCAAGGGAAUGAGCAUCGACAAGAUGGCUACCAGCAUCCAUCUGGAUCAAUUUUACGAAUAGCUUAACCGCUCAAAUUCUAAUGGUUAGCUGCUGGUGGAGAUGAUCUAUAGAUAUCUGUUGAAGCUCCAUAGCCAACAACAAAGCUGCAUUUGCUAGUCUGUUUAUCGUAUUGGAAUCAAAUAGAUAAAAGAAUGUUAGAGAUUUAUUUAUAAUUCAAGGACUAAGAGCUGAAUUCAUGAUGUAGUGUUCAUAUGUUAUUUACAGAACAUGAUUACGGAUGAUCAACUAAGAAACCGAUGUAAUGUUGAAGUUAAAAGGUUGAGCACUACUAUUUCUAUACGGAACUCAAAGACAGUUGUAUAA